AUGGCCUACAGGCGUAGCAUCAUGGCUAGAUCGAAGUUGUUCUACCAACAGCACCAGCGAUUUUCGCCUUCACUGUCGCACAUUAGUGGCAGCGACCGUGAGCAGUUGCCUGCGAAAACGAAUCCUGAGAUGCUCAGCAAUUUUCUGAUAUCCAGAAACAACGCUGGCAAUCUUCGACUCAUGCGUUCUGAGGUUCCUACGGGCUAUGGGCUGCUAUCAGGAAAUGUAUCUCGAGUUAUGCAUUCUGAGGUUCCCACAGGCUAUGGGCUGAUUUUCCAUAGAAAUAUGUCAAAGGUGCCUUCCGAGAUUGAGGCCCCUGCUGAAGAUUUGAAUGGAGUGAUCGGUGUGGUGGCUGAUAAGGCAGUUGAGGCUGCUCCAGUCGUGAAUGAAAUGGCCACUGCAGCAGCAGGUUCAGUCAGUAACAUAAACAUAUCAGUCAGUAACAUGAACAUAAUUGAAUACAUGCACUCAUUCACUGGUUUAGAAUGGUGGGCAUCAAUUGCAGCUGUGACUCUUCUGCUGCGUAUUUUGUUUGUUCCUAUUCACUUAUCUCGUAUUCAAUAUCUUUCCCAUCAUGGACAAAGUCGAUACAACGAAGCACGUUCACUUAGGGAAUCCAUGCCUAUCACCAUCGUAUGA